UGGAGAUAUCAGUGUCGACGAUCCUCAGAUCCACUUGCACUCAUUCUGGAUCUGGAUCUUCACUCGCACCCGAUCUACCGCGGAAAUGCAAGCUCGUCACUGCUCUUCCGACUUCCAUCCUCUCUCUUGCCGCCCAUCUCCAUGGAAGCGUGAGCAGCAAUUCUUCUUCUCUGUCGACCAGGGAAAACCCUGAACCCCUACAACUGUCGGAGAAGAGAAAGAUGCUGUCGAGAUCGUUUCGCUGUCUGUGCAAGUCGCCGCCGCCAUUGCUUCUCCUCCACCAACACUACAACCGUCGACUUUAUCCAGACGCCGAGCUCCGCCUCCUGCUCCGCCCAUUCUCCUCCUCACCUUCUCCUUCUUCCUCCGGGUCAGAGGCGGAGAUCAGGAAGUACUUGGGCUACUUCGCCCUGCUCCUCGGCUGCGGAGUCGCCACCUACUACUCGUUCCCUUUGCCGGAGGACGCGAAGCACAAGAAGGCUGCCCUCUUCCGCUACGCGCCUCUCCCCGACGACCUCCACACAGUCACCAACUGGAGCGGCACCCAUGAGGUGCGCACCAGGACGUUCCUGCAGCCCGAGAGCAUCGAGGAACUCGAGUCGAUCGUUCGGGACGCGCACGAGAAGAAGGCCAAGAUCCGGCCCGUGGGUUCCGGGCUCUCGCCCAACGGGAUCGGGCUCCAUAGGAAGGGCAUGAUCAAUUUGGCAUUGAUGGAUAAGGUCUUGGAGGUGGACGUCCACAAGAAGACGGUCAGGGUUCAGGCGGGCGCGCGCGUUUCGCAGCUCGUAGAUGAGCUGAAGCAGUAUGGGCUCACUUUGCAGAACUUUGCCUCCAUUAGAGAGCAGCAAGUCGGUGGAAUCAUUCAGGUUGGUGCUCAUGGUACAGGAGCUAUGCUGCCUCCCAUGGAUGAACAAAUAAUUAGUAUGAAACUAGUUACCCCUGCCAAAGGUACAAUAGAGCUAUCGAAGGAAAAGGACCCAGAACUAUUUUAUCUGGCUCGCUGCGGUCUUGGAGGACUUGGGGUUGUGGCUGAGGUUACUAUCCAGUGUGUUGACAGACAUCAGCUUGUUGAGCACACAUUUAUCUCUAACUUUAAAGAGAUAUCAAAGAAUCACAAGAAAUGGUUGGCAGAGAAUAAGCAUCUAAAAUAUCUAUGGAUUCCGUACACUGAUACUGUUGUGGUAGUGAGUUGCAAUCCCCUUUCUAACCGCAAGGGUCCACCAAAGUUUGUCCCGAAGUAUAGCAAGGAUGAAGCUCUGCAACAAGUCCGUGACCUGUACCUUGAAUCAUGCAAACAAUACAGAGUGCAAGACACUGCUGGCAGUCCAGAAAAAGAGGACGGACACGAUGUUAAUGAGUCUUCAUUUACAGAGCUUCGGGAUAAGCUUCUUGCACUUGACCCCCUUAACAAGGAUCAUGUGAGACGAGUAAACCUUGCUGAGGCAGAAUACUGGAGGAAGUCAGAGGGGUAUAGAGUUGGUUGGAGUGAUGAAAUUCUUGGGUUUGAUUGUGGAGGCCAGCAGUGGGUCUCGGAAACAUGCUUUCCAGCUGGAACUCUUUCGAAUCCUAGCAUGAAAGACCUUAGCUACAUUGAAGAGCUGAAGAAACACAUAGAAAAAGAAGGCAUACCAGCUCCUGCCCCAAUUGAGCAGCGUUGGACUGCUCGAAGCCAGAGCAGCAUGAGCCCCGCAUCAAGCUUGGGUGAAGAUGAUAUAUUUUCUUGGGUUGGCAUAAUCAUGUACCUGCCGACUAUGGAUGCCCGCCAAAGGAAGGAGAUAACUGAUGAGUUCUUCAAGUAUCGAGGUUUGACACAGACUGCAUUGUGGGACAAGUACCAUGCCUAUGAACACUGGGCUAAAAUCGAGGUGCCGAGGGAUAAAGAUGAGCUCCACGAUCUGCAAGAGAGGCUGACGAAACGGUUCCCCAUUGAUGCUUAUAAUAAAGCACGCAUGGAGUUGGAUCCUAAUAAAAUUCUUUCCAAUGGCAUGCUGGAGAAGCUGUUCCCUUCGGACUCCAUCUAGAUGCAUAAAUUUGUGUGACACAGUGUUGAUUCUUUGUCUGCGGAGAGGGUGGAUCUCUCUGUAACAUAACUAUAUGGGAUUGAUUGUCUUCCCACAAUUGUUGCGAGUUCCUCUUCUUCAUGUCAUCGUCCCCAUCUGGCAUUACAGCCAGAUUUCAUUCAAUAAGAAUGGUUGUACCAAUAUUUUCUUCCGUA